AUGCCUGCUUCGCAACCCAAGCGCGUGUGCCAAAUUGUCAAACUUAAGCCCGAAUCGGAGGCCGAAUACAAGCAGGUGCACGCAGCAGUCUGGCCGGGCGUUCUCGCAGCCAUCGAGCGUGCGCAUAUAGUCGACUACUCGAUUCACUACUACUCCCCUCUCCACCUGCUCAUCGCCAACUUCAAGUAUGUCGGCAACGACUAUGAGAAAGACAUGAAGAGCGUCGCGGACGAUCCGGAUACUCAGCGCUGGUGGAAACUGACGGAUGGCAUGCAGGAAAGCUUCAUCGAGGGUGCAACAGGUAGUGGGAAGGACAUUCCUUGGUGGCAGGAAUUGGAAGAGGUCUUUAGAUUCGAAGGACAGCGCUAUUCGUCCAGCGAUUGA